ACAUGCGUUUCACCAAAUGGGAACUAUCUGUACUUUUCAACUCAAUCUCCAUUGUUUUAAUGACAGCCCAGGACUUGAAGAAGGAGAGCCAAAUCAGUUGUCCCUUGAGCGUGCAGCACAUUUUUAUCAGAGGAGCUGAUGUGCAAUGGAGGCAGUUUUACAAAGAGUACGGCUGUUUGCACCAGUGCUGGAGUUUUUCAAACGGAACGAAAAUUGAUUCGGCUUCGCUCAAGCCCAAAAUGCGUGAGCUCGUUUUUCGACCUUUUCAAAAUUUUGUAGACUGCACCGUUGAGAAAAGGCAAAUUACGGCUGCUUGCAAACUCAGAUGUAAGUUUGUUGCUUAA